CCAACCUGGAUAUCGAGAGUAAGUUGAGCGUGUACUACCGAGCACCCUGGCACCAGCAGAGAAACAUCUUCCUCCCGGCCACCAGGCCGCCCUGCGUGGAGGAGCUGCACCGUCAUGCCCGGCAGAGCCUGCAAGCCCUGCGCAGAGAACAUCGUAGCCGGAGCGAUCGUAGAGAGCAGAGAGCUGCUGCUCCCCUUCCUGUGGUUGCUCCUCCACUGCCGGCCUACCCACCACCUCACAGCCAGAGGAGACGUGAAGCAAAGGACCGUCACUUCUUAACGUUUAACAGCACCUGUUCGUCCUCCCACACUGAGUGUUGCCACAUGACCCCAUGGAGUAGAAAGUCCCAUCCCCCAGAGGAUGAAGAUACAGAUGUCAUGUUAGGGCAGAGGCCGAAAAAUCCAAUACACAAUAUCCCCUCAACACUGGACAAGCAGACCAACUGGAGCAAAGCCCUACCUCUCCCAACGCCGGAGGAGAAGAUGAAACAAGAUGCACAAGUGAUUUCUUCUUGCAUUAUUCCCAUCAAUGUCACUGGAGUUGGUUUUGACAGAGAGGCUAGUAUACGCUGCUCUCUUGUUCAUUCACAAUCCGUACUACAGCGGAGACGCAAAUUGAGGAGGAGGAAGACCAUCUCAGGCAUCCCCAGAAGAGUCCAACAAGAAAUAGAUUCUGAUGAAUCACCAGUGGCCAGGGAAAGGAACGUGAUUGUGCACACAAAUCCAGACCCCUCCAACGCUGUCAAUAGGAGGUCCGGAACCAGGGACUCUGAGUGCCAAACUGAGGAUAUUCUUAUCGCCGCUCCAUCCAGAAGGAGAAUCAGAGCUCAAAGGGGUCAGAGCAUUGCAGCUUCCCUUUCUCAUUCUGCUGGCAACAUCUCUGCGCUGGCAGACAAAGGUGACACCAUGUUUACCACUGCAGUGAGCAGCCGCACAAGAUCUCGGAGCCUGCCCCGGGAGGGUAACAGAGGCGGGGAUGCUGAGCCCCAAGUUGGUGCUAAACCCUCAGCAUAUGAAGAGGGGGAGCCUUUCAUGGGUGACCAUGAAAGAACCCCCAAUGAUUGCAGUGAAGCCCCAAGCAGCCCAGGUGCACAGGAACAUCAGCCCGCUUUAGGCCUGGCAUGUUCUCAACAUCUUCAUAGCCCCCAGCACAAGUUAAGUGAGAGAGGGAGGUCUCGUCUGUCCCGAAUGGCUGCUGACUCUGGCAGCUGUGACAUCUCUUCCAACUCAGACACCUUUGGGAGCCCCAUCCACUGCAUCUCCACAGCUGGCGUCCUCCUCAGCAGCCACAUGGACCAGAAAGACGACCACCAGUCAUCCAGUGGGAACUGGAGUGGGAGCAGCUCUACAUGCCCCUCACAGACCUCAGAGACAAUCCCUCCUGCAGCAUCUCCUCCCCUCACUGGCUCUUCACACUGUGACUCAGAGCUGUCAUUAAACACGGCACCUCAUGCUAAUGAGGACUCCAGUGUCUUUGUGACAGAGCAGUACAAUGAUCACAUGGAUAAAGUGAGAGGCCACCGGGCAAACUCCUUUACCUCCACUGUUGCAGAUCUGCUGGAUGACCCCAACAAUAGCAACACAAGUGACAGUGAGUGGAACUACCUACACCACCAUCACGAUGCCUCCUGCCGCCAGGAUUUUAGUCCUGAGCAUCCCAAGGCAGACAGCCUGGGCUGCCCAAGCUUCACGAGCAUGGCCACUUAUGACAGCUUCCUGGAAAAGUCUCCAUCGGACAAAGCUGACACUAGCUCUCACUUUUCAGUGGACACGGAAGGGUACUAUACCUCCAUGCAUUUUGACUGUGGUCUCAAAGGUAAUAAGAGUUAUGUCUGUCACUAUGCAUCCCUGGGCCCUGAGAAUGGCCAGGGUGUUGGGGUUCCUCCUGAUGUUCCAGAUUGUGCCUGGCCGGACUACUUAGACCACAGGAGGCAAGCGAGACCAAGCAUCUCUUUUAGAAAACCAAAGGCAAAGCCUACCCCACCUAAACGUAGCUCAUCUUUGAGGAAGUCUGAAGGAAAUGCAGACAUUUCUGAGAAGAAAGAACCAAAGAUAAGCAGUGGUCAGCACUUGCCUCACAGUUCCAGGGAAAUGAAGCUGCCUCUUGAUUUCUCCAACACGCCUUCUCGGGUGGAAAACGCCAAUAUUCCUACCAAGCAAGAACCUUCCUGGAUGAACCAGAGUGAACAUGGUACUAAGCAACCUCAGUUAGACACUUCAGAUAUUCCACCAUUCAAAGAUGAAGGUGCUGAAUCAACUCACUAUGCAGAUCUCUGGCUUCUCAGUGACUUGAAAACAAAUGACCCUUAUAGAUCUUUAUCUAAUUCAAGCACUGCUACGGGUACCACAGUAAUCGAAUGCAUCAAAUCUCCAGAGAGCUCUGAAUCCCAAACAUCCCAAUCAGAAUCAAGAGCCACCACCCCAUCCCUACCUUCUGUUGACAAUGAGUUUAAAUUGGUUUCACCAGAAAAGCUGGCUGGCUUGGCAUCUCCAUCAAGUGGCUAUUCAAGCCAGUCUGAAACACCAACAUCCUCUUUCCCUACAGCUUUCUUUUCUGGGCCAUUGUCUCCUGGAGGUAGCAAAAGAAAACCUAAAGUCCCAGAAAGGAAAUCCUCACUACAGCAGCCUUCUUUAAAAGAUGGAACUCUCUCACUGAAUAAAGACCUUGAACUUCCGAUUAUACCUCCUACUCAUCUUGACCUAAGUGCUCUUCAUAAUGUCUUGAAUAAACCAUUCCACCACCGUCAUCCAUUGCAUGUUUUUAGUCAUAAUAAACAGAAUACAGUAGGAGAUACACUGAAGUCUAAUCCUCCACCAUCCCUUGCAAUUACACCUACAGUCCUGAAGUCUGUUAACCUUAGGUCCAUCAGUAAGUCUGAAGAAGCUAAGCAAAAAGAAGGCAACAAUACAGAUCUCCCCUACUUAGAGGAAAGCACCCUCACAAUGGCUGCCUUGUCUCCAGGAAAGAUUAGGCCACAUAUAGCUAAGAAAUCACUAUCACGUCAGUACUCCACUGAAGAUGCCAUACUAUCCUUUUUAGAUGCCUCUCCAAUUGAGAUGGGACCAGAUAAACUACAUUUAGGAAAAAAACCUACAUUUGAUGUGAAGAAUCAUUGUGAUCCAGGAACUGCAAACUCAGCUGGUAGCAAUCUUCUAGACUCAAAUGUCAUAAAAGACCAAAUGCAUAUGGAGAGUGAGCCUAUUCCAGGAAACACACCAAGUAAAAACUGUGACUUUUCCCCAGAAGAAUUUCAGAAGGUCUCUGCUGUCCACUCAAAUGAUUCUGAUGCUAUAAUAACACAAUAUGGGGCUGGUCUAGAUGGAGCCCUAGAACAGGUACAGAAGGCAUCCUCUAUAGAUUGGGAGGGAGUUGCACAACCUGAAUCUGUGGAUGUAAUCACAUCUCAGUCCAACUCACCAAGUAGAGCAACAGAUAUAUGCUAUCAACUUAAGCAUCAACUUGUUAUGAGCUACCACUAUGACAAAGUGCCUGGGAAUAUCAGCUAUGAAUCAGAGAUAUCAACUGUAAAUUCAGAACCUGACAAAUAUUCUGAGCAGGAAAAUAUUGCUUCAGGUAUUUCAGCCAAAAGUGCCUCUGAUGACAGCAGAGCAGAGGAGACUCAUGGAAGUGUGGACGAGGCUUCAUUGAAAGACUCGUCACCAAGUGAUGACUCCAUCAUUUCACCACUCAGUGAAGACUCUCAAGCAGAAGUGGAAGGUGCGUUCGUGUCUCCAAACAAACCUCGAACAACUGAAGAUUUAUUUGCAGUCAUUCACAGAUCCAAGAGGAAAGUACUUGGAAGGAAAGAUUCUGGGGACAUGUCUGUUCGAAGCAAAUCCAGAGUUUCCACUGGCAGCAGUGGCAGUGGUUCUGGUUCCAUCACUUCACCGAGCAGCAGUGUGACAACCCCAACCAGCCAGAGGUCUCCUGGGCUCAUCUACCGCAAUGCCAAAAAGUCUAACACAUCAAACGAAGAGUUUAAGCUAUUACUUCUCAAAAAAGGCAGCCGCUCGGAUUCCAGUUACCGCAUGUCUGCCACCGAGAUCCUCAAGAGUCCCAUCCUGCCCAAACCCCCUGGGGAUCUCGCAGUUGACUCCCCUCAGGUCACCGAUGAGGCCCAUCAGGGGUCACCUGGGGCAGAGGCACUGUCCCCUCUCUCUCCAUGCUCCCCACGAGUGAAUGCAGAGGGGUUUUCCUCAAAGAACUUUGCCACCUCAGCAUCAGCAAGGGUUGGACGUUCCCGGGCACCCCCUGCAGCUAGCAGCAGUCGUUACAGUGUCCGCUGCCGGCUGUAUAACACUCCCAUGCAGGCUAUCUCUGAGGGUGAGACCGAAAAUUCAGACGGAAGUCCACAUGAUGACCGAUCUUCCCAGAGCUCAACCUAGGUGGCCUGGACCAGACGGCCCAUCAGACGUCAAAAC